ACUCUGCGCGCCGGCGGGGGCUGCGCAGGAGGAGCGCUCCGCCCGGCUACAACGCUCCGCGAGCCGGCGCGGCAACACCUGUUCGCGGCAGCCAGGGCGGCACGCGAGCUCCCGGACGCGGCUCUCCUCGCUUGCCGCUGGCCACCGGUUCUAAGCCAAUGGACCUCUGCCGAGCCUCUCGAGAUUUCUGGAUACUAGCUUUGGACGCCUAAAGUUUUUCCUUCUUUUUGUUUUAUUAUUAUUAUUUUUUGGAGGGGGGACUGGGAGGGGAGAUUUGUCGCCGCCACAACCGUGAGAUUUUUUUACCCCCUUGACGGAUUCAUGCUGAUGUCUGCAGAGUCGGUUAGAGAGUAAAAACAGCGCAUGCCUUCCUGGAGUCAGGAUCCGUAAAUUCUGACGUAGCCCGUGCAUCUUAAAAAUCCCUAUAAUAACGCCUAGGCAUUUAAGUUGCUAUGGUCAUUCUGAUCUCAAAGCAAAUGGAGAAACUACGGAUUUUUUUUCCUUAUUACGGUCGGAUGGGAUGAAGACCUUCCUGCCUGCUAAGAGCUGGGGAUCUAUCUAUAGAGAUACAUAGAUAUGCUUAUCAAUAUGUCAGUGUGUGAGUAUAAAGUGGUGGUUUCUUAGACUAUCAGUGGUUUGACCUUGAACCUGUGCCAGUGAAGCAGCAGAUUACUUUUAUUUAUGCAUUUAAUGGAUUGAAGAAAAGAACCUUUUUUCCCUCUCUCCCUGCAACUGCAGUAAGGGAGGGGAGUUGGAUAUACCUCGCCUAAUAUCUCCUGGGUUGACACCAUCAUUAUUGUUUAUUCUUGUGCUCCAAAAGCCGAGUCUUCUGAUGGCUCCCUUAGGUGAAGUUGGGAACUAUUUCGGUGUACAGGAUGCGGUACCGUUUGGGAAUGUACCCGUGUUGCCGGUGGACAGCCCGGUUUUGUUAAGUGACCACCUGGGUCAGUCCGAAGCAGGGGGGCUCCCCAGGGGACCCGCAGUCACGGACCUGGAUCAUUUAAAGGGGAUUCUCAGGCGGAGGCAGCUAUACUGCAGGACUGGAUUUCACUUAGAAAUCUUCCCCAAUGGUACUAUCCAGGGAACCAGGAAAGACCACAGCCGCUUUGGCAUUCUGGAAUUUAUCAGUAUAGCAGUGGGCCUAGUCAGCAUUCGUGGAGUGGACAGUGGACUCUACCUCGGAAUGAACGAGAAGGGGGAGCUGUAUGGAUCGGAAAAACUAACCCAAGAGUGUGUAUUCAGAGAACAGUUUGAAGAAAAUUGGUAUAACACGUACUCAUCGAAUCUAUAUAAACACGUGGACACUGGAAGGCGAUACUAUGUUGCAUUAAAUAAAGACGGGACUCCAAGAGAAGGGACCAGGACUAAAAGGCACCAGAAAUUCACACAUUUUUUACCUAGACCAGUGGACCCUGACAAAGUACCUGAACUAUAUAAGGAUAUUCUAAGCCAAAGUUGACAAAGACAAUUUCUUCACUUGAGCCCUUAAAAAAGUAACCACUAUAAAUGGUUUCAUGCGGUGGGUUCUUAUUGAUUAGCUGUGUCAUCACCUCAGCUCCACUGUUGCCAAACUUUGUCGCAUGCAUAAUGUAUGAUGGAAGCUUGGAUGGGAACAUGCUGAUUUUGUUCUGCACUUAAAGGCUGAUCCUCCUGGAGGGCUGCCUAGGGCCACUUGCUUGAUUUAUUGUGAAAUAAGGGGAGAGAGACUGAAUGAGAGGGGUGUGAGUGUGUGAGUGGGUGAAUAGCAGGAGAAAUUGGAGAGUCAGAAAGCAAAGAGGACAAUGGCCUGAUGCAUGCUGGGAAAUAGACACGCUUUUAAAUUUUGAUCAGUUGUACUUCAUCUUAUAUCAGCACAGCUGCCAUACUUCGACUCAUCAGGAUUUUUGGCUGGUGGCCUGCGCAAGGGUACGCUGCAUUUUCAAAGGCAUGGAGGGUGCAGUCUUACUUAAAAGACUUUUUCAGUUAAUUCUCACUGGUAUCAUCCCAGUGAACUUAAAGCAAAGACCUCUUAGUUAAAAAAGAAAAAAAGGAAAAAAAGAAAAAAAAAAAAAAAAAAAAGAAAAAAAAAGAGAAAAAAGAAAAAAAGGCGAAAAAAAGAAAAAAAAGAAAAAAGUUAAAUUUAUUUAUAGAAAUUCCAAAGGCAACAUUUUAUUUAUUUUAUAUAUUUAUUUAUUAUAUAGAGUUUAUUUUUAAUGAAAUAUGUACAGGCCAGAUAGGCAUUUUGGAAGCUUUAGGCUCUGUAAGCAUUAAAUGGCAAAGUCCGCUAUGAACCUGUGGUAAUUCAUGCAAGUAGGUAUAACGGUGCAUGGAUAUGAGAAAUUCUAAUGACCCUAAUGUACUAAAGGCGACAAUCUAUUUUGUGCCCGUAUUAUUGUAAACUUAUGCACAUCGCUCAUGACACUGAGUAUUCACUCUUCAGACUGCUUGUUUCAUAGCUUAUCCCAGAGGAUUAAAGAUAAACUGGGUCUCAACCUUUUAUUCUGUGUCUGUAAUUUUCCUCUUUCAUCAGUGACUCCAUCACUGUAACUUCAUGGUUGGAAAAUAUGAGGGUUGGUAUAUGUCUUACUUGUUUAAGUCUAUUGCAAAAUAUACCAAAGCUAAACAAUAACUAUGCUUUUUAUUUUAGCCCACCUCCAGAACAACAGGAUUAAUAUCAAACAUUGUACUGAUUUAGAAUUCUUAAGCAAGGAAGGAAAAAAUAAACAAGCGUACAUAGCUCAGACUUUUUUAAGAGAUAAGAGUCAGAUUAACAGGAUCAUUCUUGUAAGUUUUUAUUUGUGCACUUGGCUAUCAAAUAUGAAAUUAUACACGUACCAUAGGGGUCAUUGUAACAUCUUUUUUAGAGAAUUGCUUUCAGUGUGAAUGUCAUAAUUACAUGGUAAUAGCACCCCUUCAAGUAAAACUUGCAACAUGAAAACAAUAAAUCUUUAUCAAUAAUGACAAUGAGGGGGAAAUUAUUAUACUCAUUGACUGUAUUUUGUUUUUAAAAAUGGUUUUCACAAGCACCCAAUUUUUUUAGAGGGGAGGUUACUAUAUAGAAUGUCUUUUACAAGGCUUUUAUACCAUUUUAUUCUGAAAAGCAUAAGAAUAUGUAUUUCUUUGGUAGCAAUAAUUUUGGAACUUGCCCUUGGGCAAGGAAGACUAUUUCUUACUAUAUACUAAGGUGAAAAGAGCCAAAUUCUUAAAGCAAUAUUUUAAAAAAAGGAAUUUAUAACAAAUUCUCAUCCACACACAACACUUUCUAGCCAGUUACAUUGGGAAAUUGAAAGUGACAGUUAAAAAAAUGUGUUGGGAUUUAUGUAACUAAUUUUAAAAUUUAAUAUUCUGAUUUUGUUUUGCUCGGAUGCACAUUCUCUAUGAAAAAUAAAAGCAUGUCACUGGCAAGUUAAAGCUGUUAUGAACGAGAAGCGCAUGAUUUACUGUCGUGAGCAAAUACACGUAGCCUUCUAUGGUCCAAGCUGGAGUAUGGGGUAAUGCACUCCUGCUGAUGUGCAUUAAAGAGAAGCUAAGUCUAAUAUUUGGGAUUGAGAAUUGUCUUGGAGGGAGGGAACAGAGGCACUGUAAAAUAGUUGAUUUAUGAUAAGGAUCAGAAUGUCCUCUUCAUUUAUUUUCUUGGGAUUUUUUCCCCCUUUUACUUUCUAAACAGAACUGCAUUUAAUUCUAAGAAGUACUGUUCUUAUUUAUUAUUUAACCCUUUGCUGCUGCUAAAAUGUGCACAUAUUCAGGCUUUAGUUUUUCCAAAAGACAUUUAAUUUUUUUUCUUUGCUAAAAAGAAUUAAACAUUUGACCACAGGGAAGAAUCAAGUUUCUAGGAUGCCAUCGGUAUAAUAUUUAGCACUGAAGAAAUUGAUUUUAGAAGACAGCCAAAAGUAAUCUUAAAGUAGCACGAGACUCCAGAUAAUUGGUCUAAAAGAGGGAAAAAGAAUUGUGAAAAAGACUCAAAUCUCCAUGCAUUCCUAGAAAAUGCUACUUUAAUGUCUACUUUUGGAGUUAUUUUGCUUUGGUACCUUUUUUUUUCUUUUUUUAAGAAAAGCAAAAUGUUAUAUGCUUUUGGCAAUUGAUAAAAUAAACUGUAAUGGUCUGUAAAUAAAUAAAUAUUGACUUAUGCAAUUUAUGUAAAUAGGCCUCCUGGGAGAGUAGAUGUCUCAGGGUUUUGUUGUGGGCAUUGUCCUAUUGGGCAGUAGAGUCAUCUCUAGUUUAUAGGAUUGCAUCUGGUUCUUGUAGUAAGAGACCCAAAGCCUUUUGGAUGGCAGCCCUGAGCCAUUGUGGAAUGGGUGGUUCCAGUUUCAUAAACAGAUGCUCAGAUAGCCAAACCACUAUUUUGUUGGUGCCAACACUUGCACCACGGUCAAAAGACUUACCCGGCAUGGACUGAACCACCUUUCCAUCUGUCAUGCAAAUGUCCUCAAACAGUGCUGAAGGACUUGCCAGGUCAGUGUUGGGGAACCUGCUCUGCCAGGUCCUGUUUUGUAGAUAAAUGAAUAGCUUCCGUUGAUGGUGUUUUCAUACUAUUUCAUCUCAUUAACACUACAACAUUGUGUUAUUUACUUGAUAAUCUGUAAUUGUAUGUAAAUACAUACAGGAUUAUGUAAUUUGUGUAAAUACAUAAUUACAGACUUUUGAAA